UAUUUUCUGCGGGGGAAAUUUAUGCGUUUAGAGUUUGAAUGCACUUUAUCGUAACAGAUUUGAAACGUCGCAAUUUUUGCUCCCUCACCAUGUUCGGAAUGACUUUGUUAUUUGCUAGUUAAAAUCAAGUGGAUCUGAAAUAAUACCUAUUUAAAUUUAGCCUCCAGUGCCCUCUCAGGCUUGAUUAGAGGAUGUACAUUUCAUUGUUUAAUGAUAAUGAUAACCAAGGGGGAUGAAUUGUUGGAUAAAAGUGCAGCAAAACGAGUUUAAAAUGAUUUCAUUAAUUUCAGUGACUUGCCCUUAAACGAGCUUCUAAGGACCCAUUUCCUUCUUUUCAUAGGUUUGAAGUUCCAAUCUGUCACUGUCUUUAAAUCAUCAGUCACGAAAAAUACUUUUGUUGCAUUCAUAAGUAGAAAAAUUUUAAGUGCUUUAGAGUAUUUUGGUUUUUUGUGUAAUGUUCUACGAAUGGAGUUUCUGGAGAAUUUGCUUAAGGAAAUUACUUGGCAAACAGAGGAAAAGUGUUCAUUUUGAGAACUGGUCACUUAUAAGUGGUCUCUUGUGUUAUUGCAGAGAUAAAUGGUACAUUACCCUAGUAUCUGAAGGGAAAAAAUUUUAAGCACUAGUUAUAUUUAACAGUGGCAAAUUAAAACACAUUUUUAAUAUAGUCUGCUUGAAUUGGAAUUCAUGAGAUUUGCCCUCAAGGAACUACUUAGGUAAAAUAUUGUUUUUAAGUUAGGGAGGAUAAAUUACUAGAAAUCUUUGGAAUUUGACAUAAUUAUUCCCUGAAACAUCCCUAACUUUUCUUGUAGAUUUGUUUAUGUUCUCAGGGUAAAUUCCUUUUAAAAUUAAAAAAAAUUGGGAGAGAAACAUGGUAUGUAUCUUACAUGUUUUCUAAAACAGUUUAAAAGUGAAAAAAGGAGCUAAGUCAGUUUGUAUAAGAAGGAGUCUUUAGAACUUGAAUGGUGACAACUAUUACAGAAGCCAUUUAUAGUUUUUGUUAAAAUGCUGGUGUAGAUUUGGUUUGUUGAAGAAUUAGCUUAUAUUUGAUUUUUUUUUGGUACUGUGCAGAUUUUUCUUUUAAAUAGACCGUUUUUUAGAGCAGUUUUUUUAGGUUUACAGAAAUUUUGAGCAGAAGGUACAGAUAUUUCCCAAAUACCUACCCUGCCCCCACAUAUACCAUGCAAAUAUUUUAAUAGUAAAUCUCAUUAACAUUUUUAAUAUUUGACGUUGAUAAUUAAGAUGCCAAGAAAUUUCUUGAUAUCUUUUUUUAGUUUAGCUUGUAGUUUAUAAAGUUUAAUUUUGGACACUUUUCAAAGGAAAAUAAAUCCUGCAGACUUCAAAGAAUGUGUCUUCAGACCCCACUUUGUGGAAAAGUGGUAAUUGUGUUUAAGUUGCUUUUACAGAAUUAACAGGUGUCCAAGAAAUUAAAAAAAAAAGGUCAUUAUUGCUGUGAUUUGAGCUCAGCAUGGCUGUAGUCAUCCGUUUACUGGGGCUUCCUUUUAUUGCGGGGCCUGCGGAUAUUCGUCACUUUUUUACGGGAUUGACUAUUCCUGAUGGAGGAGUGCAUAUAAUUGGAGGGGAAAUUGGGGAGGCUUUUAUUAUUUUUGCAACAGAUGAAGAUGCAAGACGUGCCAUAAGUCGUUCAGGAGGGUUUAUCAAGGAUUCAUCUGUAGAGCUCUUCCUUAGCAGUAAGGCAGAAAUGCAGAAGACUAUAGAAAUGAAAAGAACUGAUCACAAAGGAAGAGAGCGACCGGGAUCUGGGGCAUCAGGGGUUGGCUGCUUAUCUAAUUUUGUUGAGGGUAUUAAAGAAGAAGCAAGUAAUUCUGGAUAUGGCUCUCCGAUUAAUCAAGAUGCUGGGUUUCAUACUAAUGGUACAGGACAUGGUGAUUUAAGACCAAGAAAGACACGACCAUUAAAGGCGGAGAAUCCUUAUUUGUUUCUACGAGGUUUGCCUUACUUAGUAAAUGAAGAUGAUGUACGUGUCUUUUUCUCUGGUUUGUGUGUAGAUGGAGUAAUUUUCUUAAAACAUCAUGAUGGCCGAAAUAAUGGUGAUGCCAUAGUAAAAUUUGCUUCAUGUGUUGAUGCUUCAGGAGGUCUUAAAUGUCAUAGAAGUUUUAUGGGUUCCAGGUUUAUAGAAGUAAUGCAAGGCUCAGAACAACAGUGGAUUGAGCUUGGUGGUAGCACAAGUAAGGAGGGUGACAUUCCUAUGAGAACUGAAGAACAUUCUCCACUAAGAGGAAUAAAUGAUAGGCAUUUUCGAAAACGAUCUCAUUCAAAAUCUCCCAGAACACGUUCUCGCUCCCCACUGGGAUUUUAUGUUCACUUAAAAAAUCUGUCCCUAAGUAUUAACAAAAGAGAUUUAAGAAAUUUCUUUAGAGAUACUGAUCUGACUAAUGAACAGAUUAGGUUUUUAUAUAAAGAUGAAAGAAGAACAAGAUAUGCCUUUGUGAUGUUCAAGACGCUGAAAGACUAUAACACUGCUCUGGGUUUACAUAAGACUGUUUUACAGUAUCGUCCAGUUCUUGUUGAUCCAAUUUCUAGAAAACAAAUGCUGAAGUUCAUUGAAUGUUAUGAAAAGAAAAGACCAGCAUCAGUAGAGAAAGAGAGGAUUGGACAUGUUUCACAAAAAUAUUCUCAAGAAGGUUACUCUGGCCAGAAACUGUGCAUAUAUAUGAGAAAUUUUCCAUUUGAUGUUACAAAAGUUGAAGUACAGAAGUUCUUUGCAGACUUUUCUCUUGCCGAGGAUGACAUUUACUUGCUUUAUGAUGACAAAGGCAUUGGUCUGGGGGAAGCACUGGUGAAAUUCAAAUCAGAAGAACAGGCCAUGAAAGCUGAACGUUUAAAUCGUCGAAGAUUCUUGGGGACAGAGGUGUUGUUAAGACUUAUAUCUGAGGCACAGAUGCAGGAGUUUGAUGUAAAUUUUUCUUUGCUGUCCAGUAAGAGACGGCAAGACCAUUCAAAAUCAUGUGAUAGGGAUGACCCUUCCCAUUCAUUUGACUCAAAUGAUCUACCGGUAUAUGCAGUGGGCCUUUCUGAAAACUUUAGGCAUCUGCACGAAGACUUGAGGCAGAUGGACAAUUUCAGGCACGCCCAAGGGGAUUUCCAGCCGCCUGAUAGAUGCCCUCCAGAAGACUUUAGGCAUUCCCCAGAGGACUUCAGGCGCUCCCCAGAAUUCAGGCACUCUCGCGAGGGACAUUUCCGGACUCCUCAGGAGGAGGACUUCAGAUGCUCUUGGGAGGAUUUCAGGUACCGUGGGGAAGAAGACUUAAGGCACCCAAGGGAAGAGAAUUGGAGGUGUCCACCAGAGGAGGAUUUCAGGGAACCUCCCAAGGAGGACUUUAGGCGAUCCCCUGAGGAGGACUGGAGGCAGCUUCCCAAGGAGGACUGGAGGCGGCUCCCCAAGGAGGACUGGAGGCGGCUUCCAGAGGAGGACUGGAGGCGACUUCCCGAGGGAGAGUUCAGACGGCCACGUGAGGAGGAUUGGAGACGACCCCUUGAGGAUGACUUUAGGCGGCUUCCCCAGGGAGAAUGGAGGCGACGACCUAAGGAGGACUUCAGGCGACUUUCGGAGGAAGACUUAAGGCAACCUUUCGAACAGGACUUCAGGCGUCCACCAGUGGAGGACUUCAGACGUUCUCCUGAGGAUUUCAGGUGUUCUCCUGAAGAGGACUUGAGGCGGCACCCCCAGGAGCACUUUCGGAGGCCUCCCCAGGAGCAUUUCCGGCGUCCGCCCCAGGAGCAUUUCCGACGGCCGCCCCAGGAGCAUUUCCGAUUCCGACGGUCACCCCAGGAACACUUAAGGCAUCCACCUGAUGAAGAUUUCAGGCGCCUCCCGGAUGAAGACUUCAGGAAUCCUACUGAGGAGGACUUUAGGAGUCCCCAGGAGGAAGAUUUUAGAUGCCCUUCUGAUGAGGACUUCAGGCGGUGUCCGGAGGAAGAUCUCAGGGCAGCUCCAGAGGACUCUAGAGUUCCUGACAAUUUCAGGCCGCCUGGUGAAGAGUUUAGGAGCCCAUCAGAUGAUUUUAGAAGUCAUCGCCCUUUUGUGAAUUUCGGUCGCCCAGAAGGUGGCAAGUUUGAUUUUGGAAAGCGUAAUAUGGGAAGUUUUCCUGAGGGGAGAUUUAUGCCUGAUCCGAAAUUAAAUUGUAGUUCAGGUAGAAUAACACCUAUUAAGAUAAUGAAUCUUCCAUUUAAAGCUAAUGUUAAUGAAAUUCUAGACUUUUUUCAUGGUUAUAGAGUCAUACCUGAUUCAGUUAGGAUACAGUAUAAUGAGCAAGGAUUACCUACAGGGGAAGCCAUUGUGGCUAUGGUAAACUAUAAUGAAGCUAUGGCUGCUAUUAAAGAUCUAAAUGAUAGGCCAGUUGGCCCGCGCAAAGUUCGGUUAAUUUUGCUCUAGAGAGCACGUCUAAAUUCAGAGUUACCUCCCCACAGUAUUGAUGCAGUAAAAUACAUUUGUUUCUUAAAAAGUGUUUAUUUUAAUAGUCUAAUGAAAAACAUUUUAAAUUUGAUCUGUGACUGGAACAAAUGUUAGUGGAAUGUAAGUCUAGUUUUCUUUUGCUUGCAAAUUGCCGUUUACUUUUUCUAAUUAAAGUUAUAUAUGUUUUUUUUUUUUUUUGACAGUGGGGAAGAGGACUAAUUCCCUGAGUUCAUUAAUUUUUGUUGAUGUCAUGGGUAUACCUCAAGACCUGUAUAAAGUAGAGCUGUAUUUGGGGAAGACAAGUUUCAUAUUCACUUUUGUUUGCAUUCUGUAGUCUAUAUAUUUUACUCAAAAUGUAUAAGGAAUGGUCAUCAGUAACUGAUUUGUUCAGGUUUAGCAUUUUCAUUGCUGACUGCCUGCAGAAUUAAUGCCCUCUUCCUUGUCCGAGCUAUUACUGUGUUAAGCUUCCUAUUAAUUAUAAAUAUUUCUAAAUGAACAUACUGUGAACUUGAAAUUUACUUAUGUAAAAAGGUUAGGAGAUUCUUAGUUUCCAUGUUCAUGACUUGAAAAGUUUUAUAAAAAUAAAAAAAUUGCAACUGA